GCUCCGAAUGUGGGAUCAGUCAAUAUGUACCUCAACCAAUUCCGAUGCCAUCCGAGAAAACUUUUCUCUCUGCUGUCAAUCCGCCCCACCUGGUGGGCUGAAUACGAGGCGCAAGAAAGUUAUCAGAUUUUCUCAGACAGUGGGUCAUCUCAAGACCGCCAACAAAUGAAACUUCGAUGGCUACUCUGAUGGAGCUUCGCUUAGCAAUAAAUGACACUAUAUGUCAGUUAGCAAGGCGGGAAGACACGCCGUCUGCUCGGUCCUACCGAAGUAGCACAUGGUCAUGACAUUCGCUCGUCCUGACUAGGCCGACUUUGGGGGUUUAUCAAUCAGUGCAUCAGCCGGGCAUGACCGUGAAGUGUGAUUUAUUAGGGCAGAGAUCCCCAGUGCGUGCUUUGUUCAUGUCUCUCCAAUCUACUUUUCCUCUUUUUUGGGUUCAACGAGAAUGGGUCUUCGGACACCCUUUCACCGUAAGACAACGGACGAUGCAGUCACUACGGUCGAUGUAGACAAGAACGAUGAUAUCAAACAAGACCCUGCCACGGACGGUGCCGCUGCUGAACGCAAUGGCGCCGGCAGCGAGGAACGACAAAUGGAGAUUUCUGAGGAAGAACUUCAGCGUGGUGUUCAGGAUAUCGAGGCCAUGACUCAGAACUGGUCCAAGUGGUCGUUGCUUGCAGUCUUUUUGAACAUCUGGAUGCUGUACUUUACAAAUGCAUUUCAAAGUUCGAUCCUCUACAGCUUGAUCCCUUAUAUCGCGAGUCAAUGGCAAUCGCACUCUCUGUUGAACACCAUUUAUAUUGUCGCUGAUGCUAUCACGGCUGCUUGCUACGUCCCUCUUGGCAAAAUCAUGGAUCUGUGGGGGCGAGCAGAAGGCUUCCUUUUCAUGACGGUCUGCGCUACUGUGGGCUUGAUCAUGAUGGCGGCAUGCAAUAACCUUGCCACUUUCUGUGCUGCAUAUGUGUUUUACUCGCUUGGAUUUGGCGGUAUGACAUAUUGUGUGGAUGUGAUCACGGCCGAUGCAUCCAUGCUGAAAAGUAGAGGCUUGGCGUACGCUUUCACUUCCUCACCGUACAUCAUCACAGCCUUUGCUGGACCGAAAGCAGCUGAUGACGCUCUGGGUUCAAACGGUAUCGGCAUGCGAUGGCCUUUCGGCAUCUUCUCAAUCAUAUUUCCCAUCGUGGCUGCCCCUCUAUAUUGCGUUUUGAAGUACAACGUUCGCCAGGCUGUGAAGGCUGGCCAUGUGGUCAAGGAAAGGAGUGGCCGGAAUGUAUUCCAGAGCAUCUGGUUUUAUAUUAUCGAGUUUGAUGCUGCCGGUGUCAUCUUCUUCUCUGCCGGUCUCGUUUUGUUUUUCCUUCCAUUUGAUAUUGCUGGUAGCGCUCCUAGCAGCUGGGACACACCCUACAUAAUUGUUAUGCUUGUGGUUGGGUUCGUCUUGCUCAUCGUAUUUAUUCUUUGGGAGACCUUCGUGGCCCCCAAGCCUUUACUUCAAUUCGGCUUCCUAUACAACCGGACUGUUAUCGGCGCAUGCUUGUUGGAUGCAACAUAUCAGCUUUGCUAUUACUGCUGGAACAAUUACUUUCCUUCUUUCUUACAGGUGGUAAAUGACCUGACCGUGGCCGAGGCCGGAUAUGUUGGCAACACCUUUGACGUGGUGUCUGGCGUCUUGCUGCUGAUUGUCGGUGCCUUGAUUCGAAAGACUGGCCGUUUCAAGUGGCUUUUGUGGGUUGCCAUUCCACUCUACAUCUUUGCGCAGGGAUUGAUGAUCUACUUCCGUCGCCCUAACCAAUCUGUCGGGUACCUUGUCAUGUGCCAGGUCUUCAUCUCCAUCGGUGGAAGUGUUUUUAUUAUCGUUGAACAGCUCUCUAUCUUGGCCGCCGUCAAUCACCAGCACGUGGCUUCUGUGCUUGCUCUGCUCAAUGUCGUCGGCACCGUUGGCGAUGCCAUGGGUGCUACUAUCUCCAGUGCAAUUUGGCAAAACACUUACCCACAUGCUCUGAAGAUGUAUCUCCCCGAGUCAGCCAUGUCAAACUUUGAAGACAUCUACGAACAGCUUGAUACUCAGAUGAGUUAUCUAAAAGGGAGUCCCACCAGGCUUGCAAUCCAGCGUGCCUAUGCCUAUGCCCAGACAAGAAUGCUUGCUGUUGGAACCGGUAUCAUGGUUCUCGCUUUCAUUUGGACCAUGAUGAUUAGGAACAUUGACCUAAAGAAGGUUCCCCAAGUCAAGGGCAUGGUCUUCUAAAUUGUGAGAAGGGUUGAUUUCAUUGCCACUUUAUGUUGACUCUAUUCCUUGUCUCAGUCGUCUGCUGGGGGCCGUGGGCGCCGGAAGUCUACUCAAUUCAGAUAUAUUUAACCCAUGACUUGAUCUAUAGUAUCUUAUCUAGUUUCAUCCUGACUUGAGCAACUACCUAGUAUACAGAAUAGCCGCUAUAUCAAGGACUUAGAAAAUGAAUACAUUCACAUUGAGUUUUGUUUUGUUCCCA